AUGGUUAGCGAUAAGACUCCUUGCUUCAAGAAGGAUAGCAGAGGCGUCUACCAUCUUGGUGGCCGAACCAGACAGAUACGCACUUUCUUUUCUAAAGGUCGACAGUUCAAUGGUGCGGGUGCGCCAAACAUAGGGAUGACCGAGGCCGGUCACCCGUGGAUGUCGCGUUCGCCCGGUCGAACAAUAUUGACGGUGUUGUCCGUACACCCCAGAGGCAUCUGCUACUUACACCGUGAGUGUACGAGGCAUGAACGAUAUAACACUCUGCGCCCCGUUGUCAUAACACUGUUACGAGACAGAGACAUAGUGCUCCCUUUGCGCCAGCAUGUUCAAGUUCAACACGUGCACCUUUCUGAAAAACUUCGGGGGUAUGUCCUAGCCACCUUUGGGCAGCAGACUAACGUAAUGCGUGCUUCGUGGGAUCGAUCGACAGGUCGUUCGCAAAAGCAAAACCCACAUAGUUGCGCGUUCAGGCAGAAGAUUCGGUCCACACAGUGUCGGGGAGCAAACCAGGCCGCAUCGUUGUAUGCAUCCAGCCGGUCAUGCUUCUGAACAUCGUUCUGCGAUCGCAUUGAAUUUUUUGGUGAAUGUAGUCUCGGGUUAGCGCACUUAAUGAGACACUCAGCCGGAGAAGGAUAACCAACUGGUUCUAUCACAUACAAAAUCCGACGUGCAAGGCAAAACGGAAGAGGGACUGCCGUUGGAUAUAUGCCCAGCUGCGAUUGAGAACCAAUUGAACCUAAGAGAGGGUGCAAACAGCACCACAAGUGGUGAGGGAGCUGAGAAACGGCGGCACAGGAGGCUACAGCAGCAAUACGUUUAAUCCAGAAAGUUCUCGUACCCGUGCAGCUUCUCGUAAUUCGGGCCUUGAUCAAGACGAGGGCUAUCUCCGUUCCGUUCUCGAAUAUGGAGGUAAACAAGUGAUUUCCAGCUUAAAUCAGGUAAUAAACCCGUGGUCGGAUUAUGCCACAAGCUACACAAAACCCAAACUACGUGCAAAUUGCUCCCAGCAACGCACUUGUCGCACAG